AUAGCUGAAAUGCCCUAACUGUAAACUAAGCAAUGGCAUUCCCCAUCAACAUUGACUCUCGCAUAAAAUCUCACUAUGUACUGGUUUACAAUUUAUCGGUCACUCAGUAUUAAAAUCAUGGACAAACAGAAUAAUUUUUCAAGCUAAUGAAGUAAAUUUCUCAGUUCAGACGCGAACCAGUUUCCUAACAAAUAACGAUACUCGUACUUUGUAACUAAUCAAGUGAUCAAUAGCUCUUGUUCACAAAUUUAGUUGUUUUCCACACGUGCGAGGCCCUUCAAUCAUUUCGAGCACAUAUCUAAUAGGUAGGUACCUACUAGUAGAAACAAAAAACGCAAUAAUCUGUCAUCAUUAAUGUAGGUCAUCGCGUCGGAACGUUCUACAUUUAAAACUUCAUUAACUUUAACACGCUCAUUUACAAAAUAAUUUUCUGUGGCGGGCAAUGGAUGCAUGAACUUUUUUCAAAUCGCUAUACCUACUUACUUGAAACGUUCAAAACGUAGAAAUAGGUGGAAACUUAUGUCAGUUUUCAAAAAAUAUUAUCUGUGAAUUAACUUGCAAUAUCUACACCUAUCUACGAGUAUGUAUUUUAAAAGUUCGUCUGGUUGAAAAAUAAAAAAUAACAUACCUAUUUCAAAUAACGUGAUCCGAAAUUUUGACCAUUUAUUCGCUGCGAAUUUAGUGAAUCGAUGAAAUGUAUUCAUUGAGUAUUCUUUUGGUGAUAAUUGUGAUAUUUUGUACAUUUGCAAUAACACGCAGCAGUACCUUUUCAACGGAAGGUGAAUUGGACUGGUGGCAGACAGCUGUGAUUUAUCAGAUUUAUCCUAGAUCAUUCAAGGAUAGUAAUUCCAAUGGUAUUGGCGACUUGAAAGGUAUUGAAGAGAAAGCAGAAUACCUCAAAGAUUUGGGUAUCGAUGCAAUAUGGAUAUCUCCUAUAUUCAAAUCGCCAAUGGCGGAUAUGGGAUAUGAUGUUUCGGAUUUCAAAGCAAUAGAUCCUCUUUUUGGAACAAUGACUGAUUUUGAAUCAUUACGGGAUAAGCUGCAUUCGUUAGGAAUAAAAUUGACUCUGGAUUUCGUGCCAAAUCACAGCAGUGACGAACACGAAUGGUUCAUCAAGUCAGUGCAAAGAAUUGACCCAUAUACAGAUUAUUACGUUUGGCAAGAUCCAAAAGCUUGGAUAAAUGAAACUACACCAGUUCCUCCAAAUAACUGGAUUGGUCCAUUCGAACAAUCUAUGUGGACAUACCACUCCACGAGAAAACAAUUUUAUUUGCACCAGUUUGCCGAAAAGCAGCCAGAUUUGAAUUAUCGUUCUAAAGAAUUAGUUGAAGAAAUGAUUAAUGUAAUCCGUUUUUGGUUGGACAAAGGAGUAGAUGGUUUUAGAAUGGAUGCUAUCAUUCAUUUGGUAGAAGACGAUAGAUUUUUGGAUGAACCAGUAAUUUCAAAUCAAACCAUUAAUGGAAAACCUGCUUACAAAGCUUUCGAUCACAUAUAUACACAAUGUCUCCCAGAAACCUACGAAAUGUUCCGCCGAUUUCGAGAAGUUGCUGAUUCAUACAAACAAAAGGAUGGGCAAACAAGACUUGUCAUGCUAGAAAUCGGUACCAUGCCCACGAUAGAAAAUACGAUGAAAUUUUAUGGAAAUAAAUCUCACCCAAUUGCUCACAUUCCAUUCAAUUUCUACCCUUUGGACGACUUAAGGGACACCUCUAGUGCGCAAGAUUUUCAAACUUCUAUUAACAAAUGGAUGGAUAAUAUGCCGCAAGGGCAAUGGCCCAACUGGGUGUUAGGCAACCACGACAACUUUAGAAUUGCCAGCAGAUUUGACCCAAGUAGUGUGGAUAUGAUGAACAUGUUUUUAUUAUUACUACCCGGAACCCCUAUCGCUUACAAUGGAGAAGAAAUUGGAAUGGAAGAUGCAAAAAUUAGAUGGGAUCAAACAACCGAUGUAUAUGCAUUAGGUGUUGGACCACUAUGGUAUGAAACGUUUAGCAGAGAUCCGGAAAGAACUCCAUUUCAAUGGAAUGCAUCACAUCACGCGGGUUUUUCCAGCAUAGAUGGAAAAACUUGGUUACCUGUGAACCCAAAUUACUAUAGAAUUAAUGUUCAAGCCCAAAAGUAUAACCUAAGGAGUCAUUAUAACAUUUACAAGAACUUGAUUAAAUUAAGAUCGAGAGAAGCUUUUCGUCGAGGUGAUUUCAAAAUGUACACCAUUUCAGACAGAAUUUUCGCAUUUAAACGAAAUCUAUCGAACGAGAUUUAUGCGAUCAUAAUGAAUCUCAAUAAUGAAGAGGAGUCGGUAGACAUCAAGAAUACCAUAGCAAAUGAAACCAAUGGUAACUUUGAGAUCAUCUUGGUUAGUGAAAACUCUGAAUACGAAGUGGGGGAUAAACUGAAUACAUCAAGCGAGGUAUUUAGAAUGAGACCAAAAUCUGCCAUCGUUUUACAGUCGAUUUGAAGCACUUAAAUUCCGCUGAAACUCUGUUCUUUAAUAAUAAUCAAUGUCCAAAUCAUCCAAGUGUGAUAAUUUGUACUUUAGAUACGUAUAUACUAAUUAUUAUGUGGAAGCGAGGUAUUCGUAUAAAUGAAGGGCGGUUUUCCAAAAGUGGAUAAGUCAACUUUUUUGAAAAUUGAGUUUUUCACGCCAUUGUGUUCUAUAGGUCGUAUCUCACCUAUUUAAUGCCUAACCUACCCAAAAUACCUAUUUAUCUACGCACAAUCCAGCUUUUCUGUAAGCUGCGGAUUGCAGUCGUUUUUCCAAAACGCAAUAAGUCAUGAUUACUUCGUUUUUGUUACUUUUAUAUCCAAAAUAGAGCUGCGAAUAUGGUUUUUUUAAUAGAUAGUACUGUAAUAUGUACUUAAUUUUCAUUUUUAUUUUAUUGCCAAAAUGCAGAUAAAAGUUUUUUUUAAUGAUAGUGCUGCAGAUAAAUACUUAAUUUUUGUCAAUUUUAUCGCCAAAAUGGAGGUAAAAAAUUUUUUUUUCAAUAAAAAAACUUUUUUUUCUUAAAUUUAUUGCAGAAAUAGUGGUAAGAUUUUUUUUUUAAUCAAAAAUCUUUUUUUCAAUUUAUAAUGUUGUAAUAGGUACUUAAUUUUUGUUUAAAAUACAGGUAAAAUUUUUUGUAAUCAAUUUUUUUGGUCAUAUACUUUUGUAUUGUGAAUUAGAGUUGACUUACAUCGAUUUGCAACACUGGUUCCAUCAUAUAAGUGAAAACGUGAAAAAUCGUUUUUCCAAAAGGCGAUAAGUCAGUUUACUUUUUCUGCCGCAGAAGCGCUGCAAACUUGAGUUACACCACGAAACCAACAUGUAGGUGUUGAGGUAGAUCCAAUACAACAUGCAGGAUAGGUGGCAUACUCCAAGUGCAUCGCGCCUUGGAAUGGGCACCAAAAACAUCAUUUAUCUCGAAAUCAUAAUUUUUGACUUAUCGCUUUUUGGAAAACCGCCCUUCAAAUGUAUUCUUAUACUUAGUACCUCUACCUACCAAAAGUUUAUUCCUAGUUUUAUUAUUAUCUAUGCAUUCAUAAUGAACUGAAAAUAUUAUGUAUGUCCUCGAAUUUAAUAAAAUUUCAAAUUGUGUAAUACAGUAGGUACCUUUAUUCUGUGAACCAAGUGUAGAUACCUUUUCAACGCCAAAAUUAAUUAAUUUUCCCGCGAUGUAUAAGUGUCGUUUUUCCAAAAUCUGUUUCUGCCAUGUUCGGAAACGUAGCCUACAUAUAUUUCUCCGUCAAUUUCAAAAUAGAAGAUUUAAAAGCAUUUAUGAUUCUGAACUGGUGAGACCCAAUUUUAGAAAAUUGACGUUUAA